AUGUCUUGGCUCCGAGGACUCUGUUUUGUCCACUCUCUUAAUUAUGUAUUUUACAGUGGAGAGACUCAUGAAGAAAUACCAACGAGAUCUGGGGUACGCCUAAGUUGGUUAAAUAGGGUAGACUGCGCCCUGUACAUCUUUAUGGUUACUCCAAUAAUUCAAGUGUACCCAAGCUUGAAACUCACAAUAUCAGUGCCUUCUGUAUUAAAUAGUCAUUUCAAGCAAUCUGCUUUCAACCCUUUCUUUCCCUCGCUCUUUCUUUCUACAGCUAGCAUUAUGACCCCUUCCGAUCUACCACCCGAUAUUCUUACACGAAUUGCUGAUUAUCUAUCGAGAACGGACAAGUAUUCUUGUGCUAUUGCUUGCAGGGGGUGGGUGUACCCAUUUCAAAAGGCUCUGUGGAAAGACAUGCAUGCCUAUUCCUUUGAAAGUUUCAAAGGGACGUUCUCGAUUAUUAAAGCCACCCAAAAUGAAUCCGUAUCACCCGGCGCCUGGGUUCACAAUCUAUGCAUAUAUGACUGUUUUGUGGAGGCAGACAUGUCAGAUAUUCAAGUUAUUGACAUGAUUAGAUGCAUGCCAAAUUUGAAGUAUCUGUGUCUAAAGAGUGUAAGCUAUGAAGAUUUACAUCCACGUAUAACAAUGGAAGACAUAAGGGCGAUGAUGGCAAAAGCCAGGGAAAAUGCAAGCCUAACACUUGGAAGAAACGAAAAUAAAGAUAUGCAUUCGGGAAAAUACAUCCUUGAGUUUAUAAAUACAUGUACCAUGCUCCAGAAGUUAGAAAUACGUGCGGAUAAACCGAAUUAUUACAUUGCUCUUGAUGUGACUGACUUUGAUAGUAUGCACCAAAGCUUGCAAGAACUAUCUUCUUUCAAGGCCGGAAUAUCUCUCUGUCCCGACUUUUUGGCUACACUGGACAUAAUCCCAAAUACGACACCGGCUUUUAGCAUGACGUCCAUUGAUAUAAAUUUGAAGAAAUACAAAUACGAAAAUGGAAAUGGAAAUACGAAUAAAUGGAAUCCUUUGUGGUUAUACUAUUUUGGCUACAAGUAUCCAAACCUGCGUUCUCUAAAGCUGAAUAUCUUGGGUGCACGUCAUGAAUCGAUAGAUCCUGAUCAGAGACAAAAGGUCAUAUCUCUUUUUCACUCCAAUCCAAACGCAUUAAAGCACUUAGAAACAUUCAAAUUUGUGGCCAACAAAACCUUUGAGUCGUUUGACCUUAUUUUAUGGGAAUUGCUUUAUCCAUUACGAGUUCCUAUAAAACAUUUGACGUUAAGCACAGGACAAGAUCAUCAGAGCAGUAACUUAUAUACAAUGCAUAUCGGCAGAAUUCUACAAUCCUUUUCGGGAACACUCAAUACUCUUUCGGUUACAGGGUUUACAUAUAACGAUAAUCACCAAAUUCCGGCACCAAAGCUAUUUCCUUGCUGCCAAUUUUUGACGGACCUUUGCAUCUAUGGCCGUGGCGGGACUUUUAAUAUGGAUGAUAUAUUGAACAAAUGUGUGGCCCUCAAGCAUCUGAAACUUCUUAGCUCAGAAAUGUUUGUUAAUCUAAAAACGAAAAACGGGGAACUAAAACAGCAGCAUGGACUACAGACUUUGGACUUACAUAGAUGUUCUAUAACCUCCGAAGUAUUUAAUCACAUCUCUUUGAGGUGUAGAAGCCUGCAGCAUAUGAGUUUGUGCGAAGUGUGGAUCACGGGAUCUUUUUCUCAAAAGAACGGAUGUUUGCUACUCGAUAUGACACAUACUUUCUUAAAGACUUUGCACGUUGAAAAGGUUAAAUACGGUACAUCACACCAAGAGAUGCAAAGGAGCGAAGAAAAUAUUAUCAGCAUGACACUUCUGUCUCGAUUAAACGACCCUUCGCUAUCAGAUGUAAAAGACGAAAUAGAAAAGGUUGAGAUUGGUUCAAAGUACCAAAUAGCAGCACCUCAAAAUAUUGCUUGGAUCUUCUCAUACGAAUUCGAGGAGAUACCUUCGGUAUACAUAGUAGACAGAACCGAUAUACUCGAUGAGGAGGGAGCUGAUAUCGCACGAAAAUACUAUCAGGACUUUCAGCUCAGCAAAACUCAAACUCUAGAAUCCAACAAACCAUCUCAUUUUAGUUGGAUAGGUGAACUUUACAAAGGGUACGGCGAAUUCAGAUGUGGCGAUAUAGAAGAGUAUACCACGGACUGA